AUGAUUAUCUCACGAGCAGCUGGCCUGCUUGCUCUGCUCUCUGGAGCCUUCGCAUACAAGGCCCUCUCGGACGACGGCCUCCGCAACAUUGCCGAUCCAGGUAACGACUUUGACAUCAAACAGGGAGCCCUGCUGGCUCCCAUUCUGCAGCCGCGAGUGCCUGGCACUCCGGGCUCGACUGCUGUCCUCAAUCACUUUGUCGACUUUUUUCGGAAGGAGCUACCUAAAUGGGACUUGACUUUCCAGAACUCUUCGUCAACGACUCCCAUCUCUGGCGACCAAGAAACCCCCUUUGUCAACCUUGUUGCCACAAGGGAUCCUCCAUGGGCAGAACAGGGCCACGUCGGAAGACUCGCCUUGGUCGCUCAUUAUGACAGCAAGAUCGACCCGCCAGGCUUCAUCGGCGCCAUCGAUAGCGCCGCUCCAUGCGCUAUGCUGAUGCACGCUGCCAGGAGUCUUGAUGACGCUUUGACUAAGAAGUGGGCUGCUAUGGAGGCCGAAGGCGACAACGAGCUCGAUGAAUCGAGUGGCAUACAGAUCAUAUUGCUUGAUGGAGAAGAAGCUUUCAAGAUCUGGACCCACGACGACUCUAUCUACGGUGCAAGAUCAUUGGCCGAAGAGUGGGAGCAGACGAUGCAUCCUGCCACUUCAACCUACCGCACGCCGCUCGACGCUAUCGACCUUUUCGUCCUGCUCGAUCUGUUGGGCUCUGCAAACCCGAGAGUUCCCUCCUUCUUCAGAACCACCCAUUGGGCAUACUUAAACAUGGCAAACGCCGAGGCUAGGCUGCGCUCUUUGAAACAGUUGCAAACCUCGCCCUCCAGUCCUUUCCUGCGAGAAGCAAACAAGAAAGAGUCCGACAGAUGGCUUGGUGGUGCAAUUGAGGAUGACCAUAUACCCUUCCAAGCCAGAGGCGUUGAUAUUCUUCAUAUGAUUCCUGCACCGUUUCCUGCAGUAUGGCACACAAUGGCUGAUGAUGGAGAACAUCUCGAUAUUCCCACCGUCAAAGACUGGGCCAAAAUCGUCACAGUUUUUGCUGCUGAGUGGAUGGAAUUAGAUGGCUAUCUGCUUCCUCCCAAGAAGAGAAACCCACCUCCGGAAGCGGACAGGACUGAGUUGCAAUGA